UGGAGGAAGCGUUGGGCUGAAAUCCUCUGUGCGUAAAUACAGCCGCAGGCAGCGAUCAGUGAAAAGUGGACAACAACGCUGUAACAAUCUGUAUUUUAAUGUGAAACACUGACCUCUAUUUUUUGUUGUCAGGUUAAUUAUAAGAUUCAAAUGUAUUUCAAACUAUGUUGUUGGUUUUUGAUUUCUCUCCAGGUAGAGUUCAAUAACAUCCUGAAGGAAGCUGGAAACAAGCUGGUGGUGGUGGACUUCACAGCCACUUGGUGUGGCCCCUGCCAAAGGAUUGCCCCAGUGUAUGAGAAAAUGGCUGUGGCGCCUGAAAAUGCCAACGUGAUUUUCCUGAAGGUGGACGUGGAUGCUGCCCAUGAUGUGUCCUCAUCCUGUGGAAUCAGAUCCAUGCCCACGUUCCAGUUUUACAAGAAUGGCCAAAAGGUAAGUCAAAAUGCUACGUGUACCUGUCAGCUUGGUGCAGAUGUUUGGCGUGUAAUAGAUUUUUGGACACAUUGAGCCUCGUGCUCAAAAUUGUUUUCAA